CUGGACGAAAUCAUGUUUAUGAUCGGGCCGCAGAGGUCCACAGGCUCCCGUGGAGGCUCACCCAGACGUUCCCCCCGAGAGGACGCCGACGCCCUGUGCGAGGUCCUUGAGGCGCUCUCCGCCGUCCCCGCGACGGUGGAGCUGCUGAAGGAGACGCACCUGGGCGUGCUCACCCAACCCCUCAAGGACCACGCCAACAAGCAGGUCCGGUCGGUGGCCAAGAGGCUCCGCCGAGGCUGGAAGGACAUCGUCAGCGAGGCGAAGGAGAGGUCCGCAGAGGGGCCCGCCGAAGACGUGGAGGCGGAGCACGGCGGCGCCGCGGCGCUCAAGAGAGAGGCCUGGCACGCGAUGAGGCCGCCGCCUCCUGGAGCUGGCGGCGACCGGAGGAAGACGAAUGUGGCGUCGAUCGCUGCCAGGAUCUCGCAAUGAAUCAAUCGGCGGCGAGCCUGAGGGGGAAGGGAGAAGGGGCGGGCCUUCUCAGAAGGCUCGG